UCGCAAGCCCCUCCCACCACAACUGCAUCCUCCGCCCACCACGCUGUUCAUUGCAAGCAAAACGUGUGCAAAAUACAUACAGCGUUCGUUGUACCGUGUAAGGAGAAACAUGGCGAUAAUUGAUGCCAAAAUGUCCGGAUAUUUCCAGCAAUAUGUCGUCCCUCUGGCUGGGCUGUUCAUUGUUUUGAGAAUUCUGCAUUCUAUUUGCUUGAAGCUCCAUCCGAUUGUCUUUGCUAUAAUAUGUCCGAUAAUGUCGAAAAGGCACCACGGUAUCAUCAAGGAACAGAAGGAAAAACUAUUUUCUGAACUCUUGAACUCUCGCGACGACAGCAACCAGCGGUUUUGGGCCUUGGAGAUCGGGUGCGGCAGCGGGCAGAACUUUGCCUUCUAUCCCCCCAACACCAGUCUUGCUGUCGUCGAGCCGAAUUCCAGAUUCGAGACGAGUGUGACGAAAAAUGCUGCUAAUUACCCAUCGCUGGAAAUUACAAAGUUUUUGAGCAUGGGGGCUGAGGAUCUGAAAGGACAUGUUGAGGACUCGAGUUUGGAUGCAGUUGUUAGUACUCUCACAAUGUGUUCGGUGAAAGACAUCGAAGCUGUGCUUCGCGAGGUCUAUCGGAUUCUGAAACCGGGAGGACGCUUCUUCUUCAUUGAGCACACGCAGACACACACCAAGAACAGCUGGACCCAUCUGUUUCAGAGGAUCCUGGCCCCUCUUUUCUACUCCUUGGCUGGAUGUCAUAUCAACAAUACCUUCUAUGCUUCUCUUGACCGGGCUAGCUUCGGUAAGGUGCAAUAUACCAAGAUGGAUAUACGCAAGUGUCCACGUCUUUUUCGAUCUCAUGUGUUCGGAUGUGCGACGAAGUAGUUGCCAGAUACCCUUCCGAUGUCCUGGUAAUUAUUAUUGAGGACUAAGAGAUUAUGUCGGGCGGGGGGGGGGGGGACACUUUGAUUUGUUCUAAGCCCAAUUGCAAUUGAUGGGCUACUUUACAGGAGGGAGGGGGGCUAUUAAUUUAUUGUUUAUGGACCGUAGAUUGCUGCAUUCAAUAUACUGGUAGUAUACAGGUAGGCUUGCAGUGUAGUGGAUGGAUCCCCCUUUUCAUUGUUUUUCUUUGCUUUCAAAUUAUGAAGUUGGUGUAUUAAAUAGGAAUGGGAACCAGUGUCCUUUUGGCUACCCCUGGCCACCUGUCGAUGGGUCUUUCAAUUUUGUAUGUAACAUUCCUUUUGCCAGAAACAAAAUAGAUAAAUACAUAAUUACAUCAGACCAGUGCCUUCUUCAAUCUGAGAUUUGAUUAUCAAUCAUAAGUCUUUGGCAAAUCAUGACACUUUUAAUCUGAUUUGAGGCAAUGAUGAAACCUCUCUGUGUUCGUAAAGGACUUGCCUGUUAAAAACCUUGGUACAUGUAUGUAUAUGGACCAAAAUAAUGAUAUGUGUUCUGUUUCAUAAAGACUUGUUAUAAAUAACAAAUGCACAUUUUGUAUUUACGACCAGCCAAUCAAAUCGAAGGAUUUCAGUAGCUUUAAACUGUUAUCGCAAAUUUGUUGUUAUAACAAUUUUUAUGAAACGGGUCCAUGAUGUCUUAAAAGUAUAUACUAUACACCUACACUUGUAUUUGUGUGUCAUUUUGUACCAAAAGUGAUGGACGGAAAGGGUGCAUGUUCAAGGAUGUCAAAUGGGAGAGUUUGCCCUACAUAUUUUACUUGUGACGGAGUUCUCAUUAUUGACUUGUCUGAUUUCUUUCAAAUUUUCACCAUUUUCUCUUUCUUAUCUUAAUUCCUUUCACUUUAUCAACAAGGUUGGACCCCCUUGGAAAGUGAAUAUUUAUCUACUUUAAAAAAGUGGUAGUAAAAUGACAAGUAUUAAGGUUGCUAGUGGGGUUUUUUUUUUGGUAAAGUCAUGUUUUUAACUGCUCUACAAAUACAACUGUAUACAGAAAAUGUGAAAUUUGUGUUCUGAUGAACUUUUCCAACUUGGUGUGUGGUACAUGUCGAUAGCUCCUCUGUUGAACACAUUCCACUGUAUUCUUUGAUAAUGGUCUUUCAGACUCUGAAUAUAGAUUUUGAAUCCUCGUUGAUGUGAACUUUAUUGUUGUAGUUUAUGACAUGUUUGAGUAUCUUCAAGUAGAAGUAAUGUAGAAAUCAAAGGUUUAUUUUUAAAAUCAGAAAGGGCAUUGGAAGCCAUAUUAUAAAGCUAGAAAGUUAAAAUCUAUUUUU